AUGUCAUUGCUCAUGGCUCCUCUACCUCUGAUGUUUCUGCUCAUGAUUCCAGGAGUUUAUGGUCAGUAUUGGGGUGUGCGUUACGGCUAUUCACACAUCUGUGCACUAAAGGACUCAUCAGUGAUAAUGAGAUGCACUUAUACAUACCCUACUGGAUAUCGGAUCAGGAAAGUGUUCUGGACCAAAACACUUGUUAAAAAUGCUGAUAAUGAGUUUCCAGAUCUGUCUAAGGACCCUGAAUACAGUCAGAGGCUUCAGUAUCUGGGAGAUAAACAGCAGAACUGCACCAUCAGACUGAGUCAUGUGACACAGAAGGACGAACACAAGUACUAUUUAAGAUUCAUCACUGAUAAACCUGUUGGAAAAUGGCUGGGCGAAGCAGGAGUGACUCUUACUGUGACAGAUCUUCAGGUGGAGGCUCCUGAGAGAGUGACAGAGGGAGAUUCAGUGCGUCUGACAUGUAAAAGCAGCUGCGCUCUGACUGACAGAGCAACAUUCAUCUGGUACAGAAACUCACAGCCAUUAACUGAGAGAAGAGACGGAAACAAUCAACUCCUGCUGCAGUCAGUCAGAAGAGAGGAUGCAGGCAGAUACAGCUGUGCUCUACAUGGACACAGUUACAUCUCUCCUGCUGCUCUACAUGAACACACUUACAUCUCUCCUGCUGUUUAUCUCAGUGUCAUGUAUACUCCAGAGAAUCCUGUGAUCUUCAUCAGUCCAUCUGGUGAAAUAAUGGAGGGAGAUUCAGUGACUCUGAGCUGCAGCAGUGAUUCAAACCCACCUGCAGAAAUCAGCUGGUUUAAAAGAGGAAUGUUUGUAGGAUCUGGAAGAAUCUACAGCAUCUCAAAGAUCAGCUCUGAUCACAGUGGAGAAUACAAGUGCAAGUCCACCAAUAAAUAUGGAGAGAAAUACUCUAAUGCUGUGACUUUAAACAUCAUGUAUCCUCCCAGGAACGUCUCAGUGUCUAUAAAUGGAUCUGGUGAAGUAGAAGAAGAUUCAGUGACUCUGAUCUGCAACAGUGAUUCAAACCCUCCUGCUCAAAUCAGCUGGUUUAAAAGAGGAAUGUUUGUAGGAUCUGGAAGAAUCUACAGCAUCUCAAAGAUCAGCUCUGAUCACAGUGGAGAAUACAAGUGCAAGUCCACCAAUAAAUAUGGAGAGAAAUACUCUAAUGCUGUGACUUUAAACAUCAUGUAUCCUCCCAGGAACGUCUCAGUGUCUAUAAAUGGAUCUGGUGAAGUAGAAGAAGAUUCAGUGACUCUGAUCUGCAACAGUGAUUCAAACCCUCCUGCUCUGAACUUCAGCUGGUUUAAGGAGAAUCAAAGCUCAGCUGUUGGAUCUGGACAGAGUUUCAGUGCACUACAGAGUGGACGCUUCUACUGUGAGGCUCACAAUCAACACGGAUCUCAGAGAUCAGCAGUUUUAUCAGUGACCGUGCAUCAUGGUCUGGGUUGGCCUGUCUGGUUGGGAAUCACAGUCACAUGUGUAGGAUUAUUCAUCAUUAUCAUCAUCAUCGUGUUCAUAAUGAGAAAACGAAGAGGUGCAAAAGCGGAAGUCGUCACAGUAAAACAGGAUGAUCUGUACUCUAACGUAAACGAGAGGGAUGCUCACGUGUCUGAAUCAGCCGUUUGUGAUGAUGCUCCGUAUGCCAGCGUUUCAUACAGCAAACCCAGAAGAGACAGAAACGAAGACGCUGAGGAGAUCCAGUACGUGACCGUCCAACAUCACAAAACCAAACCGACGCAGAGAGCAGAGGAGAACGAAAACCAGUACGGCAAUCUCAGAAUUCACCAGCCUGCUGCUGCCGUGAGGCGAUCAGAUGUGAAGACUGUGGAAGAGGACUCUGCGAUCUACAGCAGCAUCAAAUGAAUGACAGACCAUCAUGAAGCCUGUGUUUAGACAUCAAUCUGGACUGCUGGGAAGAGCAAAAGCCACAAAUAUUUGCUGAAUAUGAACAAAUAUUAAUUAAUGUCCUUGAAAGUUUGGCUGUUUAAUUUAGCAUGCAGUUGAACUAAAUGUAUGGCAUAUUAUUUAUUAAAUCAGGUGAACAGAUGAGCAGGAAACAAAAAAGCCAAAACUAAAAAAAGAUGUUGUGAUG